UUGAGUCAUUUACAGAAUUCAAGACCUAAUCCUUGGAAUCCACAGUUUACAGCAACAGUUCAACCAUCACUUGGGAACUGUUUACCAAUAACAGCAAAUGAUGUAAUCGUAGCACCAAUUACAUCACAAUGUACUGGUCUUGUCAAAGCUAAUCUAACCCAUGGCAUCCGUAAAGUUAUUUUAAAUCGUUUCAGAGGUCAAAAAUAUGGAAUGAAAAUGCAAACUGUAAACCAGGGUAUUUUUGUUCAAUGGGUAGAAGAAGAUUCUCCAGCUGCAGUAGCUGGAAUCCGUUUUGGUGAUCAAGUACUUAGUGUAAAUGAAAUGGAAGUAUUCGGAAUGACUGGUCAAAAAGUUAUCAAUAUAAUGAAGAAAUCAAAACGUGACGUGGUAGUUGUGCUUCGAGACAGGCCAUUAGCUCGAACUAUAACAUUACAUAAGGAUACCAGAGGAAUUUUAGGAAUUGUUUAUAGAGAUAAUCUUAUCGUCUCAGUGGUGAAGCAUUCAAGUGCUAGUCGUAAUGGAUUACUUGUCAAUCAACGAAUUAUUGAGGUUGAUGGCCAAAAUGUGAUGUCUUUGGAGGGUAAAGAAUUGCACUCAUACUUGGAAAACGCUCCAAUGAUCGUUACAUUAACACUUAUGCCGACAAAAUUUUAUGAAGAACUUACAAAAGGGUUAGAUUGA